AUGCCGGUCUAUCAACUAGGUCAUGUCGACAAUCUUCGUAUUUGUGUUGUUAUGGUUGGCCUCCCAGCUAGAGGCAAGUCAUUAAUUGCCCAAAAAAUCGUCAGAUAUCUUUCCUGGUUGUCAAUAUCAACAAAGUGCUUCAGUGUUGGUUCCUACAGACGGAAGGAAUCUGCCCAACCGCCUGCUCAAUUUUUUGAUCCUUCCAACGAGGAUGGGCUCCAUAUUCGGGGUCAGGCCUUCGAGGAGGCCAUAACAGAUAUGCUUGCCUGGUUCAACAACAGUAAUGGAACCGUUGGAAUCCUCGAUGCCAGCAAUACCACCCGUGAACGCCGUGAGCGGGUGUUAAAGAUCAUGAGAGAGAACAAGAUUGAGCCCAUGUUCCUGGAAAGUUUCUGUGAGAACGACGAGAUGGUGCGCAGUAACAUACUGGAUGUCAACGCCACGUCCCCAGACUACAAGGGUCUGCCAUCAGACGUUGCUAUCAACGACAUGUACGAGAAGAUCAAGUACUACGAAAGGUCUUACGAACCGAUGGAGCUGUCCAACGACUCUGACUUGACGUUCAUUAAACUCGUCAACGUCAACUCCGAAAUUAUCAUCAACAGAAUUGAAUCUUAUAUGGAGAGCCGUAUCGCAUACUACGUCAUGAACUUACAUAUCAGGCCGCGCUAUAUCUGGCUCUCGAGGCACGGUGAAUCCCAGUACAAUCUGGAGGGAAAGAUUGGAGGAGAUGCCGAUCUCAGUGAAAGGGGUUUCAAAUACGCACAGAAAUUGCCUGAUUUAGUCAAGCAGUAUAUCAAGGAUCAUGAGAAGCUGACUGUCUGGACAUCAACUUUGAAGAGAACCAAGCAGACAGCACAGUAUCUGACAUACCCCAAAAAAUCGUGGAAGGCGCUUGAUGAAUUAGAUGCUGGGUCUUGCGAUGGUCUCACUUACGAGGAGAUUGCUGAGAGGUUCCCAGAAGAUUUCAAGGCCCGUGAUGAUAACAAAUUCGAGUACAGAUACAGAGGCGGUGAGUCUUAUAGAGAUGUUAUCAUCAGACUGGAGCCCAUCAUCAUGGAACUUGAAAAUCAAGAGAACAUACUCAUCAUUACUCACCAGGCUGUCUUGCGGUGUAUCUAUGCCUAUUUCAUGAACGUACCCCAGGAAGAGAGUCCCUGGAUGUCAAUUCCUCUACAUACCCUCAUCAGAUUGGAGCCCAGGGCAUAUGAGACUCUAGUGACGCGUAUCAAGGCAGAUAUACCUGCUGUGAGUACCUAUAAAGAGAAGGGGACUUCCAAAUUGGGUGAAAGUUCCAAUCCCUCGAAGUCGAUGGUUGGUGAGGUUAUUGCCACUAGCAGUAGUGCCGACAAAAAAUAA